ACCUUGUCGCGCGGCUCCACCCCGCCGCCCCCUUCCCGGCGGCCCCUCCCCGCGCAGGUCCUGACUCCAGCCGCACCUCCUCCGGCUCUGCAGUGGCGGCAAGAAGGCAAGCCGGAGCGCCUGCGGGGUCGGGCCUGAGCGGAGCCGGGGUCGGGGCAGCCGCGAGGACCCCCCUGGAGGCGGGGCCUGUGGGACAGCGAUGGGCGUGGAGAUCGAGACCAUCUCCCCGGGAGACGGAAGGACAUUCCCCAAGAAGGGUCAGAUAUGCGUGGUGCACUACACAGGAAUGCUCCAAAAUGGCAAGAAAUUCGAUUCAUCCAGAGAUAGAAACAAACCUUUCAAGUUCAGAAUUGGCAAACAGGAAGUCAUCAAAGGUUUUGAAGAAGGUGCUGCCCAGAUGAGCUUGGGGCAGAGGGCGAAGCUGACCUGCACCCCCGAUGUGGCCUAUGGAGCUACUGGCCACCCUGGUGUCAUCCCUCCCAAUGCCACCCUCAUCUUUGACGUGGAGCUGCUCAACUUAGAGUGAAGGCAGGAAGGAGCUCGAGGUGGCUGGAGAUGUUUCCUGCUCUCUGUCCUAGCCUGCUCUGCCACUGGGACGGCUUCUACGUAGGGCUCUUGAUCCGUGUGCUGACCUCACUGCCCCUCAACAUUCUCCAUUCUUCCCGCCCGACUGGCUCUGUCUGUGUCCGCCAUCUCAUUGCUCCCGUGCAUCUUUGCUUGAGGAAAUUUAGUUACAGAUCCAGACAUUUCAAGUUGGGCAUUUUGUGUGUUGCAUGUAGUAGUCAUUCCUGAUCAGAGGACACAGACACAAACCCUGUUUGCACAAUCUAUAUUGCCUUACCUGCACUUAAGCCAGACACACAAGGUGCUCAGACAUGCGCUAUCCAUGGUUCCAUGGAGGGACUCGAGCCAGCUGUCUUUGCUGUCACUUUCUUGUCUUCUGUUGGCUGCUCACUUUAAGCCGUGCCCUCUUUGGAAGUACUAUGUAAAAUAAAGGCUCCAUGCUUGGCA